AUGUCGCUCCUCACCCUUGCGCCCACGCCCUACCUGACGCCCGCCGAGCUCGGCGCGCUCCUCGAGCCCACGCGCUCCGCCCACAUCCUCCGCCGCCGCACGCUGCACCUCGCCUUCCUCGUCGCCCUCGCCGCGCGCAUCGGCUUCCCCGCCGCCACGCUCACUCUCGCACAGUCCCUCCUGCUGCGCCUGCACCUCUUCGCCCCCGCCGCCGUCGCGCCCGGCGGCGCGCGCGAGUGGGACGCCCCCGUCGCCGCCCUCGCACUGGCGGCCAAGAUGUGCGACACGACCAAGAAGGCGCGCGACGUCAUCCUCGCCAGCAUGGCGCUCCGCCGCCCCGAGCUCAUCGGCGUCGUGCAUGGCCGGCGCGACGUGCGCCGGGGACAUGUGGCCGAGGCCAACGUCGAGGCGGGCCUCAUCGACGGCGAGCGCAAGCGUCUCCUUGCCCUCGAGAAGCUGCUCCUCUCCUCGCUCUCCUUCUCGCUGCGUCCGCCGGCCUCCUUUGCCUCCUUGCUCCUCAAGUUUGCACGCACGCUCGGCCUGAGCAAGCAGACGACGCGCGUGGCGUGGGAGAUGGGCAUCGAUGCGCAUCGCUGCUUCAGCUGCGCGUGCUAUCCCGUGCACGCCGUGGCGGGCGCGUGUGUGUGGUUGGCGGUCCUGACGGAGAAGAAGGAGGAGGAAGGGGGGAUAAGGGAGUUCUUUGAGAAGGAGGGAGCGGAAAGGUGGCGGUGUGGCGUCGAGGACUUGGAGGAGAUCAUCCAUUCCCUCCUAGAGCUCUACACGACCUCCCUCUCUGCCCUUCCCUCCACCCUCACUCCCGCCUCUCCCGCCACGCCCGCCUCUCCCGCCGAGGCCGACUUCUCCGCCGUGCACGCCUCGAGCGCCGCGCCAAAGGAGGAGCUGCCUCUGCUUGCGAUUGCGCCGCCUCCCCUCGCCAUUCUGCGCUGGCUCGCUCCUGCCUCCGCAGCAGCGCCGUCUUCUUCGGCCUCGACGAGCACGGCGCAAGUGCAGCAGCAGCCGCCGCCGCAGCAAACGGCCGCGUCGCUCUCCCACGCACUGCAACAGCUGCAAAUCGCGCUGCGGCAGCGUGCCGAGGAGCGCAGCGCGAGGGAUGCCGAGGUGCUUCUGCGCGCACAGACGCCCUUGGCGUCGCUUGACUUUGGGCACUUCGCUGCUGCUGCUGCCUCUGCCUCGACAUCUGCGCCAGUAGCGAGACAGGCGGCGACGUCAAGUGCCAACGCGGACGACGCCGUGCGCCGAGCUCAUCGGCGGCGCUUGAAGCGUGCCGCAGCGCAACAGCGGCGCAAAGUGGAGAAUGGCGGCGUCAGGCUGGCGCCGGACUCGGACGAGGAGCGCGAGGGAGAGCAGGAGCGACAGGCGGGAGCAGAGAGGGCAGAGGGCGAAGCUGAGGCAGCGAGGGAGAGGGAGCGCAAGAGGGAGAAGGAGAAAGUCGGCGCUGCGGGCUUGGUCAGGUACUUGUUCUGAUCCCUCUCAAAUCUCAAAGCCGGCGUGGCGUGCACAUCUAUGCCAAGCGACAUCACAAUGAAAGCACCUCACAACGCGCGAGUUGAGAGAAGGCCGAGAUAGAUUACGAGAAGGCCACUAGUGAUUGGGCGGGACGGGGAGAUCAAGGCGAGGAGGGGUAGUUGAGAAUGCGGCAAGG